UAGGAACCCAACUAUGCUGCUAGAAUUUCUUGUGCAGCGUAAUAUGUAGAUACGGUCUACUGCCCCCGUAUUGGUAUUCGCAUACGCCGUUCACUACGAAGUACACCGUACACCGCCGCUUCCACGUAUACGCGCAGGCGCGGGCGCGGCCCCCAUCGCACGAGUCGUGCUCCGCUUCCGCUUCCCUUCGCCUCGCGCACCGAUGGACCCCGCGCCAGCGCCGCCGCCCCCAUUCGCCGUGCACCUCGUCACCGGCGGCGGGUCCUCGCCGGAGCUUUCCCUCCUACUCCGCUCCCUCGCCGCAUCCCGCGUCGUCGCCCUUGACGCAGAGUGGAAGCCGCGCCGCCGCGGUAGCCCUGCCGCUGCCGCCCCUGCGGCCCUGGGCGACGGCAGCACGUCGCUGGCGUUAGAGGCAUCUCCAGCGCCGCCGAAGUUCCCGACGGUGACGCUGCUCCAGGUGGCCUGCCGCUUCGGCGAUGGAAGUGAGGGCGAGCGCAGCGAGGUGUUUGUCGUCGACCUCCUCUCCGUUCCGCUCGCCGACCUGUGGGCGCCCCUGCGAGAGCUGUUCGAGCGGCCUGAUGCGCUGAAGCUGGGGUUCAGGUUUAAGCAGGACCUGGUGUACCUCUCCGCCACAUUCUCCGCUGCCCUCGGGUGCGACUCCGGAUUCGAUAGGGUGGAGCCUUUCUUGGAUGUCACCAACAUUUAUUACUACCUCAAGGGCCAUGACAGGCAGAAGAAGCUUCCAAAGGAGACCAAGAGUUUGGCAACUAUUUGUGAAGAGCUGCUCAGUGUCUUUUUAUCCAAGGAACUCCAAUGUAGUGAUUGGUCAUGCCGUCCCUUGAGCGAGGGGCAAAUACAAUAUGCUGCAUCAGAUGCCUACUACUUGCUAGGCAUAUUUGAUCUGUUCCAAAAAAAGAUCACAAUGGAAGGACAAUGUUCAUCGACAACAGAACUUACUUUAGACAGGCAUUUCUCACCAGUGGUGAUAGAAUGCUCUUCUUCUGGAUAUGACAUAUGCUCGGGUAGUUGUUUGAUGUCCAUAGUAACCAAGUACAGCGAGAAGAUAAUUUUGACAGAAUCUGAUGCAAAACAACGUACCUCAAGACGAAAAGAAAAACUGAAGAUUCCUGCCAAUGCCAAAUGCAAAGAUAAAGUGGAUUGCAGUAGUGAAUGGCAGGGCCCCCCUCCAUGGGAUCCUUCCAUUGGUGGGGAUGGAUACCCGAAGUUCUUGUGUGAUGUAAUGAUUGAGGGCCUAGCUAAGCACUUGAGAUGUGUUGGAAUAGAUGCUGCAAUUCCAUCUUCAAGGAAACCUGAACCAAGCCUCCUGGCGGUCCCCGUAGGGAUCAAGAACAAGGCGGUCGUGGACAAGCUGGUGUCCAAGUUCCUCGCCGCCGACGACGACUUCACCGUGAUGCUGUUCCACUACGACGGCGCGGUGGAGCAGUGGGGCGACCUGGAGUGGUCGGGCCGGGCGGUGCACGUGGCGGCGCGAGGGCAGACCAAGUGGUGGUUCGCCAAGCGGUUCCUGCACCCGGACGUGGUGGCGGAGUACGACUACGUCUUCGUGUGGGACGAGGACGUCGAGGUCGACGCCUUCGACCCCGUCAGGUACCUCGACGUCGUGCGGAGGGAGGGCCUCGAGGUGUCGCAGCCGGCGCUGGACCGCCGCUCCGAGAUCCACCACGCCAUCACGGCGCGCGCGCUGCUGCCGACGGCGGACGGCGUGCACCGGCGCGUGCGGAACGCCCGCUGCGGCGGCGGCGGCGGCGACAGCGGCACGGGCCCGCCGUGCGCGGGGUGGGUGGAGGUGAUGGUGCCCGUGUUCUCUCGCGCGGCGUGGCGGUGCGCGUGGGGGAUGGUGCAGAACGACCUCAUCCACGGCUGGGGCCUCGACUACAGGCUCGGAUACUGCGCGCGGGGCGACCGCGCGAUCAAUGUUGGCGUCGUCGACAGCGAGUACGUGCUCCACCGCGGCGUCCCCAUGCUCAGUGACGGCGGCACGGCGACGCCGUCGGCGGGGCGCGCGGCGGUGAGGUUGCGGUCGUUCAAGGAGAUGCAGGUAUUCAACAGGAGGUGGGAGGUGGCUGCUGCGGAGGACGAUUCCUGGACCGAUCCUUAUCCUACGUCCGGCAGCAGAGCCUCGGACGGCGAGGUGAAGUCGUCAAGAUGA